CUCACACACACACUUUGUGUUGCAGGUUGGCAUCGGGGACACAGCAAUGACUUUAACCCAAGAGAUACUAAGCUCCCUGCACUUGGCAGAUAAGACAGGUGCCUGGGGGACAUUGGGCACAAUCAGGCCUCUGAAGAGCUUCGACCAAGAUGUUGCUGUGGAGAAACUUGCUGAAACCCUGGAAACUAAAGGUAACCAACAGCUUAUCAUUGACAUAGUGACCAGCCUAAAUAAUGAUCAGAGACAGGAGGUCAUUAAGUUGUACAAGGAUUGCACUAAGCAGGAUUUGAUUGCAAAAAUCCAAAAAGCACUGUCAGGAGAUCUGGAGAAUGCUAUAGUGGGAUUGCUAAAGACUCCAGCUGCCUAUGAUGCUCAGGAGCUCAGGGCGUCAAUGAAGAGAAUGGGCACAGAUGAGGCCACACUGAAUGAAAUCCUCUGCACAAGAUCUAACACACAGCUUAGAGAAAUCCAGGAAAUCUACAGACAAGAGUAUAAAACUGAGCUGGAGAAAAACAUAAUCUCUGACACAAGCGAGCCAUACACAGGCCUCCUCCUGGCUUUAGCCAAGGGCAAGAGAGAACAGGAUGCUGGAAUUAUUGACUAUGGCCUAAUCAAACAGGACAGUAAGGUUCUCAGUGCGCUAGGACCAAAGAAUACCCCUAACUCUGACCUAUGGAUAAGAAUUUUAACUGAACGCAGCUUGGGGCAUCUAAGAAGAGUUUUUGACCAAUACAGCAAUGACAACACCAUGGACAUAGAAGAUGGCAUCAAGAAACAUUUUAAGGGAGAUUUUCAGAAAGCAUCAUUGACCUUAGUGGCUGUAAUAAAGAACACCCCUCUCUAUUUUGCGGACAGACUACAUAAUGCAAUGAAGGGACUUGGGACAAAUGAAAAAACACUCAGCCGCAUUCUCAUCUCUCGGAGUGAAAUUGAUCUGCUCAGCAUCCGGGUUGCAUACAGGAUAAAAUAUGGGAAGUCCCUCUACUCGUCCCUGCAGAGUGAAGUAAAAGAAGACCUGCAGUCCUAUUUGUUGUCCUUAUGCAGAGCAGAAGACCUGUGAGAAGGCGACUCUCCAGAAAUUCACAUCUACAAGGAAAUGACAUUACUGUGGCAGAAAGGGGUUUAAUGUGACAUAUUGGCUUUUCAAUAAUUUCACAAUUUAAAAUAAUAUAGUUUUAAAAGUCAUUUUUUUUGUAAAGAUUGCUUUGAUCUAUUCGCAGAAUAUAGAAGCAAAUCGGAAGUUUGUUAUAGGCCUUGUAGCUACAAUUGCAUGCCCCUGAUGUGCCCACACAGUGCUUGGUCAUACCCACCUAUACCCCAAGGCCUAUUUGCUUUUUCUAUUGUCCCCCCAUUUGAGGGUGUAAAUCUGCAUGUACAGAGGAAUUAUAAACUGGGAAGUAUGAAUGAUGGGAAAGAGAUCUGAUACAUCUUAAAGGAGAAGGAAAAUUUAAAACACUGGUAGGUGCCAAUAUGUAUAGAUAAUACUAAACUUCUGGCCUGGGCCAGUGUGGGGCCUUCCAUAAAAACUGCACCAUCCCAGGGUACUUUCAAGUGCCACAUCACUACAUUUGGUGAUCCAGAAGCUGGAUAGAUUGCCAUUUUGGAGCCAAGGAGGACUUCAUUUUCCUUUCUUAGGCAAACUGGAGAUUGUUUCAGGUACUGCUAAAGUACAUAUACAGUUACAUAUACAUUAUAUAUAUAAAGGGUUGCUCUUGAUUGA